UCUUUUCCCACUGGCCUUGGCUACAUGGGCGGGACAUCCUGGAAACAAGACUCCAGUGCAGAGAUUUUUGUUCACGGAAAACUGAGCUUGAAUCCUGCAAUUCUUUCACAAAACUCGUGCCCGCAGCCAUCAGAAAGGCAUAAACCACUGAAAACAGUCCAAGUUGUAUUUGGAAAAAGAUCUAACACAAGCGUUGGAAUUACUGAGCCUAAUAAGACUCUGCACCAUGUGGCUAAAUGUGAUAGCUCUGGGCCUCCUGGUUACCGCGGCAUCGGCUGCCACGGCUGCUUCCGCCGACAAAGUCCUCAGUAAACACGCCACUGCGCUGGCUGACAACAGUGCCAACUUGGCUUUCAGUCUUUAUCAAAACAUGGCAAAGGAGAAGAACGUCGAAAACAUCCUCAUUUCUCCUGUGGUGGUGGCCUCCUCACUGGGUCUGGUGGCUCUUGGGGGAAAGGCCUCAACUGCCUCUCAGGUCAAAACUAUUUUGAACGCAGCUAAAGUGACAGACGAGCAACUACAUUCUGGCUUGGCCGAGCUCCUGACUGAGGUGAGCGACCCCGAGACGCGUAACGUCACCUGGAAGAUAAGCAACCGUCUGUAUGGACCCAGCACUGUCAACUUUGUGGAUGAUUUUGUGAAGAGCAGCAAAAAACACUACAAGUGUGACCACUCAAAAAUUAAUUUCAAAGAUAAGAAAAGUGCUCUGAAUUCCAUCAACGAAUGGGUUGCUAAGUCCACUGAUGGCAAAGUGCCUGAGAUCACAAAGGAUGUACAAAAGUCGGAUGGCGCAAUGAUAAUCAACGCUAUGUUUUUCAAACCUCACUGGGAUGAACAAUUCCACCAUAAGAUGGUGGACACCCGUGGAUUCAUGGUCUCCCAUAGCUACACUGUCUCAAUAGAGAUGAUGCAUCGCACAGGUAUUUAUGCCUUCUAUGACGAUGCAAGCAAUAAGUUGUCCAUUCUGAGCAUGCCGCUAGCUCAUAAGAAGUCUAGUGUGGUGUUCAUCAUGCCGUACCAAGUGGACAGUUUGGACAGAGUGGAGCAGAUGUUGAACAAGAAGCAGCUGGAUACUUGGAUGAGUAAGCUGCAGCAGACAGCUGUGGCUGUAUCUCUGCCCAAAGUCAGCAUGGAAGUCAGUCACAACCUGCAGAAACAUCUUGAGAAAUUGGGCCUGACUGAGGCAGUGAACAAAUCUAAAGCAGACCUGUCCAACAUGUCUGGGAAAAAGGACCUCUACUUAGCCAGUGUCUUCCAUGCAGCAGCCAUGGAGUUGGCCACGGAAGGAAAUGAGAUGGACACUACCGUCUUUGGCACUGACAAGCUGAAAUCCCCCAAACUGUUCUAUGCAGACCACCCUUUCAUCUUCUUGGUGAAGGACCAGAAGACGAACUCCAUCCUGUUCAUUGGCAGGAUGGUCAGGCCAAAGGGUGAAAAGAUGAGAGAUGAAUUAUAGCCACAUAUUGACUUGUCUGUGUUUUUGCCCGUGUGUGUGUGUGUGUGUGUGUGUAUGUACGUGUCAAAGAGAAAAAAGAGAGCAAAUGUUAGAUUGUUUUAUAAGUACAUUCCUGUCACACACUGAUACCAUUCCUCAUUCCUCUUUAUUCAGACCAUCAAUUAAGACUGUAUCAUUUGUAAAAUGACAAAUUACUUGAAUCUAAGGAUAACAGGGAGAGGCUGUGUCAAUAUGCCAGACAAAUAUGGUUUCUGACAUGGUCAUAACUAUUGUAGGUUUUACAAAACUAUGAAAAGUGUACAGUGUCCAGGAUGACUGUUCUUACUUUUGCCCCUUUUCAAUUUGAUUUGGUCAACACUGUUUUGAUGAGCUAUCCCUGCCAAAUACAAUUUGAAUUUUAAAAAUAUAA